CAAUUAUUACUUUUUCAUUAUUAAUAUUGAUAUUGUGUUGAUUUUAUAUUUACUUUCCUAAUUUUAUUAAAGAACUUAGUGUACAAGUGACCUUCAUGUUUUAAUUUUUGUAAUUUUAUUAAAAUGCAUAAUAUUAAGUGAGUUUCAUAUUUUUUAAAUUCCCUAUACAAAAUGAAAAAUUAAUUUUACCUAAGUUUAGAAUGAAAAACUUUAUUUUGAAAAACUAUGUAUUAUAUAUUAUAAUAAUGAUUCAAGUUGAUUAGGUGAAGUUCGGGUUGAGUCAGUCGGGUAACGGGUUAGUCAGGUUCGGGUUACUCGGGUUGCAGGUUUAAUCGGAUUCAGGUUAAUCGGGUUGUGGGUCAGUCGGGUUGCGGGUCAAUCAGGUUGUGGGUCGGAUGGGUUACGGGUUGUUGACUUUUAGUCAAUUUGGAUUGCGGUCAGGUUGCGAGUCGGGUUGAUCGGGCGGGUUAGUCAGAUCGAGUUUUGUUUUGACACCUAUAUACCUAAUCCCUAGCUAAUGGUAGUUUGAAAAAUAAUCGCAAAGGGCAUAUCUCUAGUAUCAUACAUACAGAGAUCAGGUCUAAACGAUUAGCUAAACAGUUUCAUUCUAUAUGAACAAGAAAAUAUGAGUACACAAUCUGCCUAGUUUGUCAUAAUCAAAUUAUAACAUUUUCUCAAAAUCAAAUCUAUCUAUUUUCCGAUGUAUUUAUAUUGUAUACACGUAUAUUAUGAUGUGAUGCAAAAUGUUAAUUAUAGCCAUCCUCUGUCUCUGAGGUUAUUAGUAUGUACUUAUUUUGUUGCAUGAGAAUGUUCAGAAAAGACCAUUUUGGUUGUAGUGCAUGAAUUAUAUACCUAGACCAAUUUGUAUCUGCCCGUGUUGUAACCAUGAUUCCCUUUUUUGGAGAUUAGUUAAGUGGGAUUCUAGAAGUGAAGGCAUUCAUGUAAACCAAUGUGGACGACAUAAAAAGAUGGCACGGAAGUGCAUGACACAGUUGUAGCUGUCAAUGCAAUAGUAUCUCGACGUCGUAGCCGAUUCCUUCGUCGAGAGAAAAUCAAUUAUCAAGAUUCAAAAAAUAUCUCGAAGGAAUAUUUUUUAAUGUCAUUCGUAUUUUUUAUAGUAAAAUCAAAUGUGUAAAGUUGAAUAUACAAAUUCGGUUGCCGAAAUUUGUCAAUUCUGGUUUAAUCCUCACAAAUGACAUGUCUUUCUACAUGGAAUUUUAAUUCAAACCAUACAGAGACGUGGCUAGCUAGUAAGUAGUAACUCAAAGUCUCAAACCAUACAAUGAUCUCUCUCCAGUUUGUUGUGCUAUAAAAGCAAAGCCACCUCUAGCUUUCAUUGCUCAAAGCAAACGUGCCCAUGCAUACAAUCGAAUUGCAUGCAUAUAACCUUUUAAGUAAGCUGAGCAUAUCACAAUCCUUCACAUAUAAAUCAUUGCUUCACGCACCGAUCAACAUGGAAGUUUCAAUCCUCUCAAGCGGAAGCGUGAAGCCAUCUACACUACUACCCAAUCAACUCGUAGAUCCCAUGAAGCUCAACCUGUUGGAUCAGCUAACUCCCAUGAGUUAUUCUCCACUCGUGCUCUUCUACCCAAACAACAACACCAUGAACAACAAUGCUCGGAACUCCUUCAAAAACAUCUCCAACCAGCUCAAGUGCUCUCUCUCCGAAACCCUCUCCCUCUACUACCCUCUAGCCGGAAGGGUCAGGGACAACUACGCCAUCCACGACUUCGACGAAGGAGUUCCCUUCGUCGAGACCCACGUGAAUGGCCAGUUAUCCGACUUCCUUAUUAGUUCUGGUAACACGUCAGUGUUACCAAAGCUAAACCACUUCCUUCCCUACCGGACGUUCUGUAGGGCCCCCGACACGGGCCCACAGAUCGCAGCCCAGCUGAACGCGUUCGAGUGUGGUGGACUUGCACUCGGGAUUUGCUUCUCACACAAGAGCCACGACGGGACCGCGGUUAGUGCCUUACUCCGGACCUGGGCGGCCAUCAACGCCAACCGCCUUGACAACGUGGUGCACCCGAAUUUCGAACAAGGGCCUCUAGCUUUCCCUCCAGUCCAGUCAAUGCCACGUCAUUAUGCAUCUUUGACCGAAGAUCUCUGGUUCGGGAGUGGAGGGAAGCCGGUGACGAGGAGGUUCGUAUUCGGCCCGGAGUCGGUGGCCAAUCUCAGGGACCAAGCCAAAGGCAAAGCUCUCGAGAAUCCGACCCGGGCGGAGGCAGUUUCGGGUUUCGUAUGGAAGUGUAUCAUGCAGGCGUCGAAAUCGGGGAACCCUUCCGUUUUUACUCAGAGUGUGAAUCUCAGGAGGCUGACACGGCCGCGUUUGAGGAGGCAUUCGUUCGGCAACCUGAUCUUGUUCUCGGAUGCUAGCUAUGAUCAUCAUGUCAACGAACAAGGUACGAGGAUCGAUGAGCUGGCAGCGCUGGUUAGGAAAGGCGUUGCCGAGAUGGACUAUGAUUACGUGGAGAGGUUGCGUGGGGAGAAAGGUACGGAAGCUAUUUGGGAGUACUACGAGAGGCAAGCGGAGAUUGAAGACGGGAACACGGACGUGUACAACUUCUCUUGCUGGCAUGGGUUUGAUUUCACUAAGACCGAUUUUGGGUGGGGUCCAACCGUUUGGGUUGGGCUGAGCAGUGCGACCGGAGAAGGAGGAGGUGAUGACGAUGAUACGGUGCCGUAUUGUUCGAACUCGGUGGUUCUGAUGGAGGACGGAAGGAGCAAGGAUGGAAUGGAGGUUUGGUUGACUCUGGAGGAGCCGGUGAUGAGUGCACUGGAGGCCGACUUGGAGUUCUUGCAGUUUGCCUCGUCGGAACCGGGCAUCUUACCACCAACCUAUGCGUAGUACGUAGUAGUUGAAGGUUUCAUUAAUACGAAUAAUGUCUACGUCCAUCUGCCAAGUCCUUAAUAAACUUCUCCAGGUGAGGAGAACAAUGAAUUGUGCAAUAGCUUUUAGCAACAACAAAAAAAAUGAAUAGUGCAAUAACUUUUUGCAACCAGUAUGGAUUGCGAAUUGUGACAAAACGAUCCCUUAUAGGUUAUAGCGACCACUUAUUACGCGUUGGAGGAAAAUAUAAUAAGUUUGGACGGCCCAACCAUGAAUUUUAGAGAUAUGUCUGUUUUUCGUUUCAUUAGAUGCUAUUUAAAAAAAAUUUAAUAUUGUGAUUUUCUGGUUUAAAAUCAACCAUGGAUAAUACCACUAGUUCAAACUCUUAUUCGGGGUCGUGCAACAAUUGUUUGUUCACAAGCAGUUACGUUCUUAAUAAUCUGGCACGUCCAUCGUCCAAGAGUAACAGGAUUUAUCUCAACGCAUUUUUUAGUAACAGUGAUUAUUGGCCCUAGUUAAUAUUAUUUCAACCGGUCAACUCAGGGUGCAAUGUGAAAAUUUAAAUGCAUCAAAUGGCACAAUGUGAAAAUUUUACGGUGUAGUAUAAUAUUUAUCUCCUCUGAAUCAAGUUCAUAAUUAUUUUAGUUUGUGUACAAUGCCAGUUGAUCUUUUCAGUAUCAGCAGUGAAAUUGACCCUAUUCCCUUACAAAUAGAUUGGUAUGGUUGUAACUUGUAACACACCAUCCAUCUACACUCUUCUUUAUAUUGGGUUGGAUUGAUGUAUGCAUAAUCACGUUACGAAGUUAACUGCAAAAACAGUUUUCUAAUUAAUCAUUAGACUGGUUAAUUAAAAGGUUACAAAUUACCCAUUCAAUUCGUUUUACAUCCGUCACUUGAAACACACAAGUAAUGUGACAAAUGAUAUAUAGAGUUCAAGCUAGCGUACGUCAGGCGUACAUUGUACGCCUAUCGAGUUUUAUUAUUUAGAAGACGAAUUGAUCGGAGUUUGAGGCAUGAUGAUGAUACUAUACCCUAACCUCUAUUGGUGAACCCCAAUCCCUAAUUCUCUAACCCAAGGCAUAAGAUUCAUUUAAUCUAAAAAAUAAUAACUGACAGUUCUGAUUCAGUGAAAUAUAUUGAAGUUCAAAAACCAAGUAUGAACACAGCCGUACGUCAGUCGUACGCUAGCCUUUGUCAUACAUAUAUAUUAGCUUAUAACCCGAUGUGUUUGCCGGAAUGUUCAUAUUUAAUUACUUAUAUUUUUAGGUUAUGUUUAAAUCUAUCAACUCGUUUAAUUUUAUUGAUAAUUUUCAAUCUAAAUGAUACAUAAAGAAAGAAUAUAUUGGUCGAACAUUCGAAGAAAUAUCACAAUCAUUUAAGAAUAUGAAAUUUCAAAAUGUAUCAUUGAUCCCAAUUUUAUAGUGAUAAUUAAGUCUCCGUUAAAAUGCUAUUGGUUAGUUGACUAUCAAGAAAGAUAAAGUAUAAAAGCUCAUUGGAAUUUUCACACCACCCAUAGAUAGUUUUAAACUAAAUCUUAGGAGUUUAAAUUGAUACAUUAUCAUCAACGCAUGCAUAAUAAUACACAUGUAUAUAGAAAAAUUUGUGUAUUGUAGUUUACAUAGUUUGGUUAAGUUAUAUUACUUUUUGGGUGAAAUGUCACUUUUCCCCCUUUUUAAAUAUAAAAAGCAACACACAUAGGAGUAGAGACAUAUAGUUAGAUAGUUGGAAGAAGAAAAAAUCAACAAUCUCAACAAUCUUACAAAAAACUUUGAGAUUUAACUAUCACUCAUUGUGAGUGAUAGUUUAUGUUACAUCAAGCAAAUCAAGCAAAUAAUGCAUGUAUUGUUUGUGCACAAAAUUUAAAAAAACAUUGUAUUGUGG